AUGGUGAAUCCUGCCCACACGAAACAUAAUGUACAGUACAAGAGUGAGUUAGAGAAAUCAACAGGAGGACCCUAUGUUGAGCCAUAUUCUUGUCCAACUACUGAAACUUUUUCUGGAAAUAAUUCUGGUGCCAAAACUUUACUUGAAUAUAACAAGGAUGAAUCCUUGGAAAUCAAAGAGGAAAUCACCCAAGAUCAAGACGCUAAAGGUGAAAAACGAAAUCAAAACUAUGAAUUAAAAUCCUGUGCCAUAAAUAUAACUCAUAAUGUUCCUGUUUAUAAACUGCUGGCUUAUGAGAAUCAGAAACUUCCAGAAUUAAAGCAGGAACAGAAAAAUUACAAAUGCGAAACAUGUGCUCGAGCCUAUAAACGGAGCUGCACUUUGAGCUAUCACCGAAGAUUUGUAUGCGGCGUCAAGCCACAAUUUGCUUGCGAGUUCUGCGGCAAAGAAUUCAAACAUAAAUUUCACUUGAGCCGCCACGUAAAUGAAAUACAUCUUAAAAUAAACUUACAGGCAAUGCAAAAGAGAUAUUAUUGCGACAAAUGUCCUCGUAGUUACAGUGGUCUCAAAAGUUUAAAUCAACAUACACUUCUCAAACAUACCGUAAUAACAAAAGAAUUAAGUUGCGAUCAUUGCGAAUAUAAGACGAAUCUAAAAUAUAGCAUGUCCAAGCACAUGAUUGCACGCCAUCUCAAGUAAUUUAGUAACAGAAUAAAACAUCUCUUUUCUUACCUUAAGUUAUAUGUGUGUAAUGUGUAUAGCUUAAGUUAAUUUAUAUGAAAAUCCCUAUAUAAUAUUUAAUUUUACUUUUUGAACGUUCUGAAAGAGUAAA